CGUCGUAUCAUUCUCGACCGCCACCACAGUAGUAACGACGCGCAGUGUAUACCCGUUUUACGGUAAUUUUGCCAACAACAUCUGAUACUCGCUUUUCUUUGUUUUGUGCGCGCAGAAAAAAGUAAACUAAAAACAAAACGGAAUAAAAAUAACAGUGAUUACAUACCGUGCACCCACGCACGCACACGCUCGGCUAUUGAUUCCUAGUGAUCUUGUCCAGUUCUCCAGUCUCGUGUGUCGGUUGAUUAGCGUACAUCUGAUUGUUGAGCUCGCUCCUCGUGAUCCUGUUGAAUUUCACUAUUACUGUCGGCCGCGGUUGAUUGCAAUAAGUAAGACCAUGUCACGGAAAUCGAAUGGUUCGUCGCCGGAACAGCAGCAGUAGGCCCACAUCGCCAGGUGCCACGACACGAGUAUUCGAGUCGCCUUCUUUGAGCCGCGCCGCUCGUCGUUUCGUAAGAGCUAAAAUUGUAUGCACCGGGACAACCUGUGCACACUUAAAGACUGUGGAUGACUAUUUGCGCAGGUUUUGCAGCAAAAAAUACCGAAGUCGAUGUCAAUAUGAAAAGAGACUUGGCCAAGAAAUUAAUCGAACGUUAUUUCUAUUUGAUCACCGAAGGCUGUGGCAAUGACCAAUGUGUAAACGAUUACUGUGCCUCCAGCAAAAGGGCUUACAUACCACAGUAAGUCAGUUAAUUUGUGAAACACUCGUUCAAUCAACCUUUGAGAGUUUUAGUUCUUCAUAGAUCAUCGGCUACCUGAAUUAUCAUUAAGUAACUGUUUGUGUACUAAUGUGGUAUCUGCAAAUGAUGCAGCCGCUAUUGCUAUUCAAUUAUUUCGCCUUGAUGCCAGACUAUGUGAUCAACAUCCUAUGAAAGUAGCAAGAACUACCAAUAACCCGUCAGUUUCAGGGAAUACUUUACAUGAAGCAACGACCUCAUUGGCCUGUUGUAGCAAUGCCCCAGAUACCCGAUUGUCUCAUGAUGCAAGUGUACAAACAAAUCCAUGUACUGUAUUCCAAGUAAAUCCUAUACAUACGACUGACUUGUCUAGAUCAUUAUCAGAUGCUCAGAUUACUCAAACUACUAGUACUUGCUCUCAAACAGACUGUGAAAGUAAUUCAUCAUCAUUUAAAUUAGCCAAUACUGAGCCUAUGACCAAAGAACAUAAAAAUCCCUCCAUUAUACCAAUAGAAUCCAUGGCACAAAAACAAGAAGAUACAUCUGCUCAAGUUUCUAAGGAAGAAAUUAAUGAAGAUGUUUUAAAAAGUAUAAAUGAUCAAGCAAAAUCUAGUGAUCAAAAUGGUUCUACUGAACAACCAAUUAUCAACAAUAUUUUGAAUAAUUUAGAUGUUGCUUCAUUGAGUGUACCAGAUAGUUUAAUGCAUGAUCUUCAAGAUAUAAACAAGGCCCUUAUGGACUCUGUAAAUUUGCCUUUGGAACAAAUUGCUUCUUUUCAAACUGGUAUUAAAUAUCUUAAUGAAACCAAUGUGUUUGAACUGAUAAACCGAUGUAAAGGUCCUGAUCCAUCUAAUGAUCAUAAUGAGUUGCUUUGUGUUCUCUAUCAAGUAUUCUCUACACCAGAAGCAUUGGGUAACAGUUUCAUAAAUCGUCCACAAGAUCAUAAAAAAGAUUUACUUAAACGUUAUAACCUUAAUACAACUUCCUCUUCAAGUAUGACCAAAGAAAAAAUACGUGAAAUGGAAAUUGAAAAAGAAUUGGAUGAUAACUUUAUGGACACUGAAAAUGUGGUAGAGGAAGAAAAUUGUGAAAGACGAUUAGAUGUUCCAGGAUUAGCUCGAGCAUAUAAAAAAAUUAGUUCUUCUAACAAUUAUGGACUCUAUAAAAAUGCUUUAUCCAUAGCCAUUAGUUCCUUAUGUGCAAAAAUCACUGUAGAAUUACAAUUUUUCAAGUCAAAAUCUUUUCCCAUCAGUGAUAAAUAUUUAAAGGAUGUACUUCAUUCACUUAAAAUUAUCUAUGAGAUACCAUGGUUAGACGACUUAGUGUUUGUGGAACGCAUCGUUCCUAGACUUGUAGCUGCUACAUGUGUACUUCCGAUCGUUGAACAAGCUAAGCUUGCUAAAUUUUGGUGUGAAAUGUCAUCUGAAAAUACAUUAAGACGAAUAUUACAUUGUCUUCAAGAAGCCAUAACGUUCCAACUAAUAUCAACUGAAUAUGAUCCAACUUUUCAAGAUGAGACUGCUGUUACAUUUGCUACAAAAACUAUGAAGAUUUUAUAUUACGCUAGUAUUAUGGCUGGUGAAUGUGACAAAGAUGUUAUCAGAGAAGAAAUAAAACCAACUGAUAAAACUGAGAAAAAAUCUGAUGAUAUUAGGGAUGAAAAUUUACUUGAAGAUAUUCUUGUUAAUCAACAUCCACAUUCAAAGAAUAAAAUUUACAAAACUGAUUCUUUGGCUGAUAUUUUGAAUAUAAAUAUUUUGGCAUGCCGUGCCCCUUUAAUACCCAUAUCAAAAUUUUAUAAUGAACUAUUGAGCGAUGCACUUGAGAUGGAUGACGAUUAUCAAACAUGGAGAGAAAAUGGCAAUGAUAAAUUUUCUUUCAUGUCCCAUUCGUUUAUACUUACUCCAUCUACUAAAACCCUUGGACUGUACUAUGAUAAUCGAAUACGCAUGUAUGAAAAUAGACGUUUCUGCUUAAUACAGACAUUAAUAGGUCAACCUACACACCCUUACCUUAAACUUAAAGUAAGGAGAGAACACGUUGUUCAAGAUGCUCUAGUUGAACUCGAAAUGGUAGCUAUGCAAAAUCCGUCAGAUCUCAAAAAACAGUUGGCGGUUGAAUUUGAUGGUGAACAAGGUGUUGAUGAAGGUGGAGUGUCUAAAGAAUUUUUCCAUCUUAUUGUUGAAGAACUAUUCAAUCCAGACUAUGGUAUGUUUGUGAUAAUUGAUUCUGAAAAUGGUAAUCCUACUUAUUGGUUUAACUCAUUCUCAUUUGAAACUGCUGCUCAAUACUCAUUAAUUGGUCUUAUAGUGGGUUUGGCAAUUUACAACAAUGUCAUACUAAACAUCAACUUCCCAAUGGUUGUCUAUCGUAAAUUAUUAGGUAAACAAUGUACAUUCAACGAUCUGCAGGAUUGGAAUCAGGAAUUGUACAAUGGGCUUAAGAAUUUAUUGGAUUAUGAAGAAGAUGAUAUUGAAGAAAUGUUCAUGCAAACUUUUAGAAUUUGCUAUAAAGAUGCAUUUGGUGAACUAGUAUAUCACGAUCUUAUAGAUAAUGGAGAUCAAAUUACUGUAAACCAUUUUAAUAAAAGAGAAUUUGUGGAUAAAUAUGCUGAUUUCUUGCUAAAUCAAUCAAUAGGUGUGCAGUUUAAUGCAUUUUAUCGUGGUUUCCAAAAUGUUAUGGAAGAAUCUCCAUUACAAUACCUAUUUUGGCCUGAAGAACUUGAGCAAAUAGUGUGCGGUAGUAAAGUAUUUGAUAUGACCGAUUUGGAGGAAACUACACUCUACGAAGGGGGUUAUAGAAAAAAUACACCAGUUGUUAGAUAUUUUUGGAAUUUCGCCCAUGCACUACCUCGAGUUUCGCAGCAAAAGUUAUUACAAUUUACAACAGGGAGUGAUAGAGUUCCUGUUGGUGGUCUUGGUAAAUUGAAAUUGACUAUCACAAGAAAUGGUUCAGACUCCGAUAGGCUACCAACUGCACAUACUUGUUUCAAUGUGUUAUUGUUACCUGAAUACAGUAGUCAAGAAAAACUUGAUGAACGACUAUCGAAAGCUAUAAAUUAUGCCGAAGGGUUUGGCAUGAUUUAAAUUCAGUUAACCAGUCAAUCCACCUACGAAUUGCACUAGAAAUUUAAUUUUGAGUGCGAACGAAAAUGUUUAGAUGUUAUUUUGUUUUGUUUUUAAUACCUGAAUAAUGUUCAUUGUAAU